CGAUCGGCUUCUUUUAAGCUAUUCUAUUCAGUAUUAGUAUCAGAAUCAGUUCUAUUACAAAAACAUAGUACACACAACAGAAUAUACACCAGAAAUAUGUGUAUGUGUACUAACUUUAUAAAUGCGUAUGCGUUACACAUGCGUCUUUCGCGCAAGCUUGAUGCGCUCCAUGCUAGUUAGCCCAGGAGCAUCUAAACAGCUAAACAUGGCUCCGCUCACUUACAGCAGAAUGUCUCAUUUACUGAGGUCGUCCAUUAGCAGACUCUCCGUUAUAAGAACCGGGACCGAAUCAAAACCGGGACCUGCGUGUUAUGUGCAGUUCACACGUUGCCAGAGGUCGGGGGACAGCCAGGCCUUACAGGAGAGGCAGAGGCAGCAGAUGGCCAAAGGUCUUCCCCGGCAGAAGCCCAUCGCCGGGGUCAAACAGGUCAUCGUCGUGGCUUCGGGGAAAGGGGGCGUCGGCAAGUCCACCACGGCGGUGAAUUUAACUCUUGGAUUAUUGGCCAACGAUCCGCUCAAGUCCGUCGGCCUGUUGGACGCCGACGUCUACGGCCCCUCGAUUCCCAAACUGAUGAACCUGAAGGGAAACCCGGAGCUCACCGACGACAACCUGAUGAUCCCUCUGGUGAACUACGGGGUUCCUUGCAUGUCGAUGGGCUUCCUGGUGGACGACGGGGCCCCCAUUGUGUGGCGGGGGCUGAUGGUGAUGUCAGCGAUAGAGAGGCUGCUCCGACACGUGGACUGGGGGUCUUUGGACUAUCUGGUGGUCGACAUGCCUCCGGGGACGGGGGACGUCCAGCUGUCAAUCUCGCAGAACGUCCCAGUAGCCGGCGCCGUCAUCGUGUCGACGCCGCAGGACAUCGCCCUGCUGGACGCACGCCGCGGCGCCGAGAUGUUCAGGAAGGUCCACGUGCCGGUUCUGGGCCUGGUGCAGAACAUGAGCGUCUUUCAGUGUCCUAAAUGUGACCAUCAGACGCACAUCUUCGGCUCCGACGGAGCGCGGCGCCUCGCCGACACGCUGGGGGUCCAAUUACUGGGGGACGUCCCUCUUCAUCUGAACAUCAGAGAGAUGUCUGACGAAGGGAAACCCGUCGUGGUGUCGUCUCCCGACAGCCCCGAGGCGGCGGCGUACAGGAAGGUGGCGGCGGCGGUCGUCCAGAGGCUGGAGGAAGUCAGCACCUGAUUGAUGUAAACGUGGAGACACCCUGUCAUGUGACACACCGUUAUUACACAAACAGAAACGCACAACACGCUGAUUAAGAAGCUGUGCUGUGUAUUGUGUGUAUUGUGUGUAUUAGUGUGUAUUGUGUGUAUUAGUGUGUAUUGUGUGUAUUAGUGUGUAUUGUGUGUAUUAGUGUGUAUUGUGUGUAUUGUGUGUAUUAGUGUUACUGAAUAAUCCGCUGUGUGGUUUAAUGAACCAAUGAACGAAGCCGGUUUAGAAACGUGUAAAAAUAACAUUAAAUGAAACGUGAAGGACACUUUGAUGUUGGAGGACUUUGUCUCCCUGGGACAGACAGCAGAGGGACUUCGCUGCAUGUCUUCACAUCUGAAGACAGGUCUCCGUCUCAUGAAUGUCUCCCGUUGAAAAAAACUCAUUUUGAAAUAAAGAUGAAGAUCAAAUGUAGAAUCAAUACAUUUCAACUAAAACAGCUCCUGAGGCAGUGGAUGCGUCGGGGGCGGGGCUACACGCUGAUUGACAGGUCCCUACAAGAGACCUGCAACGUCUCUUUGCCCCCCCCCAGGACCCCACACGGAGCGGCCCGAGGGCCUGUGAACCAUCGAUGUAGAACGAUGACGUCGACCCAUCAGUCAACAUGUUUAAUUCAGCCCCUCCCCGCUGUGGGGGGGGUCUUCACCUCGUCUCUGCGUGUUCCUGUGUCUAAUGUCUCAAGAUCAACUGAUCAACUGUAAGAGGCUCCUCUAGUAGCAAGAACCCCAAUAAAAGGAUUCAUUAUGGA